AGCUAGAGUCAAGUUGGUAACACUGUAAGAGAGAGAGAGAGAGAGAGAAGACAGCCUGACAGUUUCCUCCACUCCACCACCACCACGUCCUGCUCCUCCUCCUGCUUCUUAAGGUCGCCAGUGAGUGAGGCGUCAGUGAGGGCGCUCCAGACAGAUGACCGUCCCUGAGCGUGCCCAGAAGGACUCCAACAUGACUGUGGAGGUGAAGGUCCUUACGCUGAAUGUCUGGGGCAUCCCAGGCAUCUCAAAGGACCGGGAGGCACGCAUGGAGGCCAUCGUGCAGCAGCUAGUAACUGGCAACGAGGAGUAUGACUUUGUGUUCCUGCAGGAGGUGUGGUCCAAGGCAGACUACACCUUUAUUGCCUCCAAGGUGAACAAGGUGCUGCCCUAUUCACACACCUUCUACAGUGGGUUUACUGGGUCUGGCCUGUGUGUGCUGUCCCGCUCCCCCAUCACAGAGGUUCACUACCACCGCUUUGCCCUCAAUGGCUACCCACACAAACUGCUACAUGGCGACUGGUGGGGUGGCAAGGGUGUGGCUCUCUGUCGCACCACUCGCCAUGGGAUUCCAAUGCUUUUGGCGACCACACAUUUCAUAAGCUCCCCACAGCACCAAAGAAUGGGUGUGUGUGCCCGUCUGUGUGGCUCACUACCAGGGAAGGAGGUGGAGGAGAAGAUUCCCAUAGUAAAUAAAUUCCAUGCUGAGUACAAUCCACAAGAAGAUGAGUAUGUCCACCACAGACUCACCCAAGCCUUCGAGACCUCCGAGCUGAUCCGCUUUGCCAAGAAGACAGAGGAAGUGCUGAUCUGUGCUGGUGACUUUAACUGUACCCCAACUGACUUUGCAUACAGGAUGGUGAAGUUUUAUGCUGGUCUGGUGGACAGCUACACAGACAGUCCUUGCAAGACGCCUGGCUCAUGUGGGGAGACCAACCAGACCCCAGCCAACAGCUAUACCAAUGUCAAGACUCUGAUCACCAAUCCUUCAGGCAACAGGAUUGAUUACAUAUUCUACCAGGCCUCCUCCAGUCACAAGGUGAAGACCAAGCUGUGUGACCAGCCGUGGCCGCAGCGUGUGCCUCAGCGGGACUUCAGUUUUUCAGACCAUGAAGCGGUGCGGGCCGUCCUCACCAUCACUCCCGUCAAAGAUGAAGAUGCAGCGGAAAACAUCACGGAGCUGCAAGCACAGACAGACGCCCUGCUGGAGGGUGCAGCGGUGUGUGAGCAGGGCUUGAAGAAAGUGGCUUGUAACAGGCGGCUGUACCUCACCCUGGCCGGGCUGGUGCUUGGCCUGGAACUUGCCUACCUAGCUGUGCUCUCCCUGGACCUGUCUCUGGGUGCUCUGAUGGGCCUGUCCGUGUUGUCCAUGGUGGGCAUGCUGGUGCUGGCCUACCUGCUGCACAUGGGUACUGUGUUCAGCCACCUGGAAUACAGCGGUGUCCAGGCAGCUCGUUUGGCUAUCAAGUGCCACCUAGAGAAGCUGACGGAGAGGAAUGCCCAGGUGGAGCAGGAGAGGAAACACUCGUCCUCGUUCAUCAAGUAGCUGCCGGGGAGUUCCUGGCUGCCGGUACAAGUAGCAUCCACGGUGGAGAUAACCUGCGAUGGCAAGAGGAUCAGCGAAGGCAUCCUGCAGGCUACCUAAACCAUUCAUGCUACGACGGCAGCCCGGAACUCAUCCCGGGGCCUGGAAGUGACUCUCUGAGGAACAUGAGUGCUGGAGUGACUGUUUAGGACAAACGCUGAGGCCAAAAUGUAAGCUGGAAACUUGCAGGCAGUAAGUACUGAAAGUGACCGAUAUGGAACAUAAGGAGUGAGUGAGUGAAUGUUCAGGGCAUCCGAGGCAACUCAUCCGACAACACUAGGCCAAAACACACACAUCUUCAGGGAGAGGAAAGCCAAAAAGACACAUAGUGGACCAUUUAGCACUGGAGGAAAUGCACCGGACUCAGUAACCCACGUUGUAAGAGGAACCAAAUAAAUCACAGGCCAGCAGCGGAGGACGCCUGCCGCCGCUGCUGCUGCUGGUGCUGGUGAUUCCCUGCAUUGAGCAUCAGUGCGCUCAAGAGUAGUGCUGCAGGAGCCUGUGUAGUCAUCCCUGCAGCGAACAACCCACGACAAUACUUCACUCGUGAUAAUAUUGCUUCUGAUGUACCCGCUCUUAAACUGUAACCUCUUCCUCUCUUGUAGCAUUAUCUUUCUCCCUUAUUUAUCCUGCUUGUCUCUACUUCUUUCACUUCUCUGCCUUCACUUUCUCCAACUUCCCCGCCUGGCUGUCUGUGUGUAAGGUUUCUGUGGUAUUGUCUUCUCUGUGUGAGUCUGUGUGCUUCCCUCGCUUCUUCCCUUCCCCUCGGCACACCUCGACACUAGGUAGUCAUUUUGUACCUUGGCUUGAGCAGCUUGUGUCCAUCUUCCCCUGUGGACUGUGAUCUAUAACUCUAGUUCAACAUAUUGUACAUAACUUGCCUCUAUUUUUGUAGCAUUCUAGCUUUUAAGAUUCAGCUCGGGCAACUAAUGAGCCACACUUGAAUUUCUACCAAAAGAAUUUUACCAUAUUUAAAAGAAGAAAAAUAUAUAUAAUGUGAAAAAAAAAAUGACAUUGAAUUCUGCAGUGUGUGAUUUUAAGCAAGCCAACACAUCUACAGUGUGAUGGUUGUACUGCUGUUGUCUUUCCAUAUAGUAUGCAGUGUAUACAUUCUGAUCAUUCUAUGCAGCAAGUCAUCAUUCACAUGCACCAAGAUAUCCUGUAACAACCGCCUGUUGCUUUAGUAAUUCACCACAGCAAAGUCUCUCCUACCACCACCAGCGCCCCUGUGGCAGUGGUGGAACAGUCAGCACCAACCAGGCAGGCCACAGUGACCACAGCUAUCCAGACCGGCUGCAGGUGCUGACUGGCCCACCACUACUUAGUUCCUAGCUGAUGUAAGUGAAUUGGUUGUGAGAGGAAGAAAUGACAGCCAACUCAGCACAAGAGGAAGAACUUGCCGGCCACAGCAUGAGGUGUUGGGUGCUGAAUGAGGCUUUGCUAUCGUCUAAUAUGUAUUAAUCUGAUUACCCACACAUUCUUUUUUUUAGUUGCUAACACCACCACCACCACCACCACAACACCACUACUGUUCCCGCCGACCACAGCAACCCUCUCCUCUGCGCUAGGAACGUUAAUUAAACCACAUUACCCAUAUUUUUGACACUAAAGUAAUAUAUGUGUGUAUGUCUGUAUGUGUGUGUGUGUGUGUGUGUGUGUGUGUGUGUCUGUGUCUGUGUGUGUGUGUGUGUGUGUGUGUGUGUGUGUGUGUGUGUGUGUGUGCAAGAAAUGGUGUUGCUCAAACUGUCGUAAUGUGAUAAACCACCAAAAAAUGUAUGAAAAUUUUUUUAGGUCUAUUUUUACUUUUUUGCAUUACCUACAAGUUUGCAUAUGUGCUUUUUUUUUUUUUUUUUCCUUUCAUUGUUUUCACUGCUGUAUUUAUCACACAUUUCAAUAAUGAAUACCACGUGCAUACACUUUGUUGUUAUAUUGUUGUUGUUUGACCGUUUUUUUUAAUGAGUAUGUAUUGUGAGUGAGUGAGUGACGUGCUGGUGAGUGAGUGAAUGACCUUCCAGUAGCUCUGUGAUGUGUGUGUGUUCGCUGUUCGUUACUCAUUGUCAGUAAAAAGGAAAAGUGUUCUAUGUGUGUGUUUCUACGUUCCCUUCGUCUUAUUCAUCACUAAUAAAAAGAUUGAAAAUAA